CAGGUAAUGAACACACACCCAACUCCCUUCAGUUCUUCUCCAUUUGUUCCUGAGGCUCUAAUCCCUUUUUGUCUCCAAUGCAGAUUGUGAUGAAACGGAAAUUGAGAGCAAAGGUGACAACGAAAAAAUCCCCAGAGAGGAGAAGCCACACAAAAAUUUGGAGUGUGGAGAAAGCUGCAGUCAGAGCUCCCAUUCCACUUCCCAUCAACAAAAUCUCAUUGAAAAGAAACUCUAUCAGGGCAUGGAAUGUGGAAAGAGCUUCAAUCAGAGCUCCGAUCUCACUAAGCAUCAGAGAAUUCAUACAGGAGAGAAACCCUAUCAGUGUGUGGAAUGUGGAAAGAGCUUCACUCACAGCCACAGUCUCACUUCCCAUCAAAGAAUUCAUACAGGGGAGAAGCCCUAUCAGUGUGUGGAAUGUGGAAAGAGCUUCACUCAUAGCUCCUCUCUCACUUCCCAUCAAAGAAUUCAAACAGUCUAGAAUCCCUAUCAGUGUGUGGAAUGUGGAAAGAGCUUCAGACAGAGCUCCAGUUUCACUAGGCAUCAGAGACUUCAUACAGGGGAGAAACCCUAUCAGUGUGUGGAAUGUGGAAAGAGCUUCACUCAUAGCUCCUCUCUCACUUCCCAUCACAGAGUUCAUACAGGGGAAAAACCCUAUCAGUGUGUGGAAUGUGGAAAAAGCUUCACUCAUAGCUUAUCUCUCACUUCCCAUCAAAGAAUUCAUACAGGGGAGAAACCAUAUCAGUGCGUAGAAUGUGGAAAGAGCUUCAGUCAGAGCUUUUCUCUCACUUCCCAUCAAAGAAUUCAUACAGGGGAGAAACCCUAUCAGUGCGUCGAAUGUGGAAAGAGCUUCACUCAUAGCUCCAAUUUCACUAGGCAUCAGAGACUUCAUACAGGGAGAAACCCUAUUUGUGUGUAGAAUGUGGAAAGAGCUUCACUGUUAGCUCUAAACUCACUUCCCAUCAAAGAAUCCAUACAAAGGUCGGAAAAUCCAUUAUACAGCUUUAGGAGCCAGGCAAAUCCACACGUUUUUAACCAGGCCUUUUUCUUAUUGACAUCUAAUGCUAUUUUAACAUGUGAUAUUUUUUGUUUUUAUGUUGUGUUUUUAUGUUCUAAGCAUCCUGAGACGUGUGAGGGUAGGGAAUACAGCCACUCUUUAAUUCCUAGGGGUCUUUGCUCUCCCAUAAAAUAUUUGAGGAGUGUUGGGUUGAAAUAAACGACAGACGAAUGACAAGUGUCAUAUGGGAGGCAUCUCCUGAACAUGUGUCGGGGAGUCCCUUUUAUUGAAUAUUACAGCAUUGCCACAUAUGUGCUUGUUGCUGAUUGGUUAAUACAAAUACAAUGCAAGGGUUGUAUAUAGGCAUUAAUCAUCAACAGAUUAAAGGUUGGGAAAGGGAACACAGAAUUGAACAGGCGUGAAGACCUCGUAAUUAAACAAUUACAAAUGAUUGAUAUAGCAAGGCUUAAACUAUUACUAGUGAUUGAUAUAGCAAAACUUAACAGAGUAUAACCAUCGCGUUCCGUAGAUGUGGUCAACCAUACAGUAAGAACAGGUCAGGGUACAAUGUUCCAUGAACUCAAUGUGAACUGAACAUUCUAGGAAGGAAUGUUUUCAGCUUAGAGUGGUUUGCCAGACUCACGUGCAGAAGCAAAACUUCCCAUCAUCUCCCCCUUUCUUUUUCUUUUGUUUUUGUGCGAAAUGUUGCUGUAUGAUUUCAGGGUGAAAUGGACAAAAUACUUCGGGAUACGUGGUUUGCCAGCGCAUGCCCGAAAUAAGUCUGCCAGGGUGAAUGGGACAAAAAUACUUAGGGAUACGUGGUUUGCCAGCGCAUGCCCAAAAUAAGUUCGCCCACAUCUCCCCUAUUAUUUACAGUUGGUGCUGCCACUUUGCAAAGUAGGCAGCAAUAAUUUUAUUAGGUGGCUGAGGAGGAGAGAAAAGCUGAGACCAAAGACGUAUGAGACCAGGAAUGCAUUGGAUGAAGCAGCAUAACAAAAUUAAUAUACGUAUUAUGACAAUAGCAUAUUGAAAAAGAUUACGAAGCCAGUUCAGAUUUGGCAACCAACCAGUGAGCCACUGGGCAAACGAAUCCCAGAGGACAGAAAAUCCAACGUCCUGUUUAAUGUGGUGUGUAAGAUUUUGCAAAUGAGAGAUUUGCUUUUGAAUGGCUUUAGAAUUAUCAGUAAUAUUGAAACAACACAUGUCAUUCACUUGUUCACAGCCAUAAUGAUGAAGCAUGAGCACAUAGUCAAUAGCAGCACGAUUUUGUAGAAGUCCAUGCUGGAGUUCACUCUUCUUUAUUCAAAAGGUGCAGAGCUUGUGAAGUAAAAUUCAAAGCUUUUGCCGCGGAGCAAGCUAAAGAGUUAAUGUUCAUACUAUUCCGUACAGCCAAUCCAGGGACUCCUAAGAGAGAAACAGCUAAGGAGAUAUAUUCAGAUCUGCUGGGAAGAGAGACAGAAUCGUCACAAUCAUUAGUCAAUUCCACAGAGCGGCGAUAUCUAGAGCGGGACAAAUGAUGCUUUUUGGGUAAAAUGAUGGACAAACGGCUUAAGCAGCAGGGCGUGCCAUGGCUGAUGUUUGCUGGAAUAUAAUUGAAUGUAUAGCCUGGGCACGACCAGAACCAGCCUUCAGGCAGCUCUGUAUAUUUAUAUACAUAGGAAAUAUCUACAUAAUUAGAGCAGUUAAAAUUAUCCUUGCCCAUUUUCACACAGUUGGUUUUUGUGCAAUUGACCAUAUGGGCACAAGUGACAUUAUAGGAAGCCACGUAUGGGGUCAACAAAUCAACGGCCAAAGGAGGGCGUCAGCGCACUUGGGUACCCCAGUUAUGGUAACCUGAAUAACCAAGGGUGCGGAGAGAAUCAUUUUGGGGUAGGGAUGAAUAAAACCAGGUAUCAUUUUGCAGAUCAAAAGGGUCAUGGCAGACAGGGAUAAGGCAAGAGCCAAGGAUCUCACCUAUUGAUACCUGCUGGGUUAAGCAAAAGGAAGAAACAUUGAGGGUUUUUGCAAAAGAUUCCCACACAUUUAUUGGUGUGGAACCACCGCUAUUAGGAGCGGAAGCAGAGAGGGGCAAAAACAAAACGCUGAAAAUGAGCACUAUCAUGGAAUUAAUAUUAAGGCAGGAAAUGAGACAGAAGUAAAUUAUCGGGUUGCUUCUAGCUGCUUUUCCUUUCUAAGCUGUUCAGCUUGAAAUGAGAGUGAUUUUAUCUGGCCCCACGUCACUGGUCAAUUACGAUUUCCCCGCUUGCGAGUCCUGGGGGGGCUGGAUGCCGCAUCCUGGGCGAUCUGGAGUUGACAGUCGAACUGCGGUGUCAGAUUUUGCAGGGCCUGUUGCCAUGCCAUGGUAGAGGCGGACGCAGCGUGCGGGAACCCAACGAGCACCCUGUGGAGUAGAAACUGCAGCAUAACCCUUUCCCCAGGUAAUCAGUUUUACUGGUUCACUCCAUUUGUUGGAGGGUAAUAUUUUAUAAGAGACCAGCGGGGCUGGAAGUAUCUCUUUUGCUGGAAAUGUUUUUGGAGACGAGUAUAGGGUUGAUGAUCCUGUAUGGAGACAUUCAAAUGAUUGAGAGUAAAGAGAACACUAGCCAACCAGCCUUCCUUUUCUGAAAGUGAGGCUGGAACUCCGGCCUUCUUUUCCUGUCGAAUUAAAGCAGUUUUUAGGGUGCGGUUGGCACGUUCAACAAUUGCUUGGCCUUGAGAAUUGUAAGGGAUGCCAAAUAAAUGGUGAAUAUUCCAAGUUUCACAGAACUGAGCAAAGGUUUUUGCACAAUACGCUGGGGCAUUGUCAGUUUUUAAGGAAUGAGGCUUGCCCAUGACUGACAUGGUACGAACAAGAUGAUUGCAAACAUGUUUAACCUGUUCUCCCCUUUGAGGGGUGGCCCAAAUAAAGCCAGAAAACGUGUCAAUGCAGACAUGUAUGAAUUUCCAAGGUGAGAAAGGGGAGAAGUGAGUCACAUCCAUUUGCCACAACUGGUUGGCCUCCAGCCCACGGGGAUUAACACCAGGGCUGGGGUGGCCAAUCUGAUUAGAGUAUUGAGGGCAUUGUUGGAUAAUUGCACGAGCCGCUUCCAACAGAAUUUGGAAUUGGCGGCUAAGAGCUUUUGCAUUCUGAUGAUGGAAAGCAUGACUUUCAAUGGGGGAGACAGGCAGAGCCCUAAGCAAAGAGUCUGCUUUUGCAUUGCCAUCAGUGAGAAAGCCUGGGAAGGGUUGGUGAGAGCAAAUGUGCACCACAAAUAGUGGGUGGGAGCGAUUGGACAGAAGCGAUUGUAAGGACAGGAAAAGGCUCAAUAGAUUGUCAUCCAAUAAGGGACUUACAUAGCUGCCCUGUAAACGAGUUAUAACAUUUGCAACAUAAAGGCUGUCCACUACCAAAUUAAUUGGCUGUAAGGAAAAAUGAUGCAGAGCUUUAACAGCAGCUGCUAACUCAGAACGCUGAGCUGAUUUUUGUGGGAGAGUGUAGAGGCUGUGCCAUUCCUCAUUUUGUUGCCAUGCAACCACCCCCCUGGAGGGGGCUCCAUCAGUAAAAACAGUAGAAGCAUCCAAAGGGACAGGAGACAAUAUGGAAGAAAAAGAUAGGGGAAAUUGUCUACCCAUUUGCAGGCGAGGGUCGGCGGGGACAUGGCAGUCCACCAAGCCGACAAAAUCGGCUAAAGCGCACUGCAAAUCCAUGCUAGUGGAAAGAACAGUCUCCCAUUGCUCCAAGGGCAUGGGCACAAUAAUUUGGCGACAAUCGGUGCCAAAAAGACUUUUGCAUCGACGGCGGCCCUUGCUGAUGAGCUGAGCAAGGAGGUCCACUAAAGGAGUCACCGUGUUUUUUGGUGUAUGAUGUAAAUACAACCAUUCAAUAAUAUGAACUUUUGAUGGGCCUGACUGAAUAAGGGCCGCAAAGGGUUGGACAGAAUCUGUCAUUAUAACUACAUCUGGCAAGACAUUAAGAAUUGCUCGGUCAACCCAGUGGAGACGCAUAAUUUCCUUUAACUGGGCAACGGUUUUCUGUUGAGAGGAGGUCAAGGUAAUUUGCUCACCAGGAGAUUGAUGGCCUUUUAAGGCUGAAAAAAGCGGCCGUAUAAAAGCGACUCUGCUUUCCUGCCCAGGUCAGCCCCCCAAGCAGAACUACGCAGGGAAGUGCUGACUGGACGGCAGGAUUUAAUGGCCAAAGGUUAUGGAUCUUCCGUGUUUCCUGCCAAGUGUGAGGAGGGAAGAAGGCUGCCAGCUUUGAGCUGCUUUGAGCUCCUGCCAGAAGGGCAGUGGGAGACACUGGUGGAGAGCGGAGCCAAGAGGAGGCUGCUGCUUCGGAGGACCAGCUAGCUGGCAACUCGUGAGUACGCUUAAGCCCCGGGGGGAGGAAGAUGGCUGCUGCUCAGCCACAGCAAGGCCAUGAGAGCUACCCCGGUGAAAGACUGAAUGGGGCCAAUUGGGAAGACUGGAGUAAGCGCAUGUACUACUGGCUGGAAGGGAAGCAGAUAUGGGAGUGUACACAAGCCGAACCAGUUCUUGCCCAGCCCAGUGAGAGAUCUGCAGGAGCAGUGGAAGCUUGUGAAGCAGACGUGGCUGCUGCUCUGGAGAGAGAGCAAAGGGUGCUAGCCAUUUUAAGUGCCAGCGUUGAUGCUUGGCUGUUGCCAAAGCUCCAAGGGAAGAAGCCCUGGGUCGCGUGGCAGGCACUGAAGACGGCAUGUCAGGCCGCAGUGGGAGCCAGACCAGAGGGGGCUGGAGGAUGCCCAGAGAGAGCACCAAGCCCAGAGGGGGCUGGGACUGUUUUGGGAAGCUGUUUCUAUGCUUCGACACGUCUGUGUGAUGGUCCUGGAGAGAGGCUGAGAGCUGGAAAGAGGAAGGCAGUUGCAGUCUGUUCCUCAGGCAGCUGGGCACCCAGGAGUGGGGGUGCAGGCCGUUCCAAGAGCUCUGGGAAAGCCAAAGUCUCCAAGAGUUGUUUGUGCUCUGAGGCGAAGUCCAACAGCGAAGGGCAUUGUUCUGCAGAGGCGUUGGAAUGCAAGGUCAGCCACCUGCUAAGGCGAAGCGUGAGAACACCAGCAGAGGCCUUGCAGCAACCAUGGCAACCAGGAAGGACACUGGCAGAGGCCCCGGUGGGGGUGCGAGCGUUGCCAUGGCAACCUUGGAAGACAGCCAGAGAGCCACUUUAUCUCUUGUCGUCGAUACGGGAGCGACCCACAGCCUGGUGCCAUCUGGUGGGCUCCUGAGAAAUUGCAAGACAGUUAAAUCUGGACGUUUUGUCUCGAUGGCAGAUGGUUCUAAGAGACAAUUAACUGAAACUGGUCUUUUAUACUGUCCCUUUAUAGAUCAUGAGGUGCAAGCUUAUGUGGUCCCCGAGCUUGCUCAUUCUCUUUUAAGUGUAUCAGCUCUUAUUGCUGAUGGGUUUGAUGUGGUGUUUACUAACAAUACGUGUUAUUUUUACAGGAAUGGGAAGAAGCUCCACAGUGUUGAGGGGAAGGACAGGCUCUUUCUGGUGCAGAUGCCUGUCACUGAUGCUACUGUUGCAGAGUCCCCUGAAGAAGCACAAGUGCAGUGUGCAAAUGUAGCACCACACCAUGAUUGUUUACAUUUGUGGCAUCAGAGAUUCGGACAUGCAGGGUGGUCAUAUGUUAAAAAAGCCGCAGAGAACACAAUUGGGUGUGGGUUCAAGGCAUGUGAUAAAUACUUAGAUUGUCAAGCUUGUAAAAAAUCGAAGGUCACGAUAUGCACAUAUCCCAGGUCAGAAAGGAGGACCAGCAAACCCUUUGAGCUGAUUCAUGCAGAUUUAUGUGGUCCGAUUCAGGUAGCUUCUUUAAGUGGAUCGAAGCAUGUUUUGGUUCUGAUUGAUGAUUUUUCGAGACACACCUGGCUGUUUACACUUAAACACAAGUGGGAGGCGGCUGCACUGAUCAGGGAUUGGAUCACAACGGUGGAGCUGCGUUUCUCCGCCAGGGUGGUUUCCUUUCAAUCUGAUCGGGGGGCGGAGUUCACAGGUUCUGCGCUGCAAUCUUUCUUCAGGCAGAAAGGUAUCAGUCAUCGGUUGACUGCCCCCUACAGUCCGCAACAGAAUGGAAUUGCGGAGAGAAAACACCACACCCUACAGGAAGCAGCGAAUGCUAUGCUGGCAGACUCGGGUCUGCCACAGCGCUUUUGGGCUGAGAGUUAUAAGACGGCAUGCUUUGUUCAGAACAGGGUGUUCAAUUCAAGUGUGGGAGACACGCCCUACUUUCUGCUGCAUGGGAAGAAACUGAAAGUGGAUUUCUUGCGUGUGUUUGGCUGUGAGGCUUGGGUCCUCAUUCCAAAGGCCACUCGCAGAAAGGGUGAACCAAGAUCUAGGAAAAUGAUCUUUGUUGGCUAUGAGCCGGGCUCAAAGGCGUGGCGUUUCGCAUACCCUACUGGCAACCAGUCUAAGCUGCUUAUUAGCGGCAGUGCUGAGUUUUGCGAGCAGAGUGGGUGGAAACGUCUUGACGGGAACCCGGAUGUUCUGUUAGACUCAGAUGAGGAAGAGGAGGAGGACAAAGCUGAACCUGUUGCUGAGGUGGACAGUCCACAGCCACCGAGUCCAGAGCCGGGAUCUCCAAGGCAGAGGCUCUGAACCUCUUCAAAGGGGAGUCCCAAGACCCCUCCACAGGUCUCUGUCAAGUCUGAGCCAAGGAGUGAACCAUCCUCGCCAGCAAACCCAGCUGUGAGGCCAAAAGGCGCAGCAGGUCAGAGGGGGAGGUUUCUGACACAGGGGAUGGUGUGGCUGGCCCAAGUGAAUCAGGCGCAGUUCCAGAGUUCACGCUGAGGAGGUCAGCAAGGUCAACCAAGGGAAAGCCACCAGAAAGGUAUGAAGCCACUAGCGUCUGGGUAGGUGUGGCUAGAUGUGAACCUGAAUCCUUUGAGGAUGUUCAGAAGUUGCCUCAGGAAGAAGCUAGCAAAUGGCGUGAGGCGAUGCAGAAGGAGAUGAACUCAAUGGAGUCUCUUGGUGUGUUCUCACACAGUUGCCAGCUGGCAAGCAGGCUGUGAGUUGCACAUGGGUUUACCGCCUUAAACCCACAGAAGCUGGAGAACCCCAGUGUAAAGCUAGGUUAGUAGCUCAAGGAUUCACACAGAAGAAAGGUGUCCACUUCACGGAGGUCUAUUCGCCGAGAGCAGAGACUUUGAGGACGCUUUUAGCAGUUGCUGCACAGAGAGGUUGGAAGGUGAACCAUUUUGAUGUGGAUGUUGCCUACCUGAACUCAGACCUCCAGGAGGAGUUGUACAUGCUUCCUCCUCCAGGGUUUGGAGUCAGUGUGCCAAGCACCGUGUGGCGGUUGCACAAAUCCAUCUAUGGAUUUGUUUACUUGUCUGUGCCAUGAUCAAGAUAUGGAUUACGCCAGUCUGCCAGAAAUUGGAACAUGUGUCUGAAUGAAGCCUUAGAAGAGCUAGGUUUCAGGAGAAGUGUUGCGGACAGCUGUCUUUACCUUAGAGGUUCAGGUGAGACACAGCAAGCUGCUCAGAUUUUUGUUGAUGAUAUCUUGAUCAUGGCACAGACAAGUAAACAAGUGGAAAAGUUUGCUAGGGAGCUUGGAAAACGGUUCAAGAUCAAGCAGCUUGGAGAUGUCAAGUCGUAUCUAGGCGUAGAGAUAACGAGUGCAAGAGAUGGAAGCUUUUUGCUCAGCCAGAAAGGUAAGAUUGAGCAUUUGCUUGAGAAGUUCAGAAUGUCUGAGUGUGCAGGUGUCAAAACUCCCAUGGAGGCUGGUUACGUGAAAGAAUGUCAGCAAGUAGAACGCGUUGUGUUCGAAAAUACUGAACUCUUUCAGUCAGCUCUGGGUAGUCUACUGUAUCUGUCACAGUGGAGCAGACCAGACAUAGCGUUUGCUGUCAAUCUGCUCAGUAGAGAGGCUUCAAGUCCUAAUGUGCAGGCCUGGAAUGGUAUUAAACGGGUGCUGCGUUACCUGCAAGAUACCAAAGAUUUUUGCCUCAAGAUGUCAGCUGAGGGUGGUGUCAAGCUGACCGCCUGGGUGGAUUCUGAUUGGGCUAACCUUGAGGACCGCAAAUCAGUGUCAGGCCUAGUGGUGAAGUUUGGGAACUCAGUAGUUGGGUGGAGGUCCCGGAAGCAAAGUCUCAUAGCGCUUUCAUCUACUGAGGCUGAGUUCAGUGCGCUAUCUGAGGUUUGCAGAGAGCUGGAGUUCUAUGCGUGUUUGGUCGAGGAACUCUGUGGAGAGCAUUGUCUUCCCGUCGUGGUGCAUGAAGACAAUCAACCGUGCCUCAAAUUGGCCGAGAUGGCGCAAUUCAAGGCCAGGACCAAACAUUUGGACGUACGUUUUCAGAAUGUGCGUCAGAGCGUUCGUGAGGGGCUAGUUGCUCUAAAAUACUGUCCCUCAACCAAGAACCUCGCUGAUGGUUUCACAAAACCAUUAACCUUCCAGAAGCAUGAGGAGUUCUGUGAAGGUCUGUGUUUGGGGUGAGCAUUGUUGCUUAUUUCCCCAGAUGCAGGGCAAGAGGGGUGUGGAGUUUGGAGUUUACAGGGUUAAAACUCCUUGGUGUCCUGUAUCUGGGGAGGGGCCUGACGCAGGGCCGUACGUCACAGGCUUUGUCUGUGUUGUCUGUGAGAGUUGGUUUCACUUUAGACUGAAAGAAGCAGCAGAGAGACUGUGUGUGCUUUUAGCACGGGAAAGAUGCCGGAAAGCUCUGAUGGAAUGUGACUGAUUUAUGGCUUGUAAAUAAACAUUUUAGAGAUAGCAACGAACUGUCUUUGGACUUGAUUUAUCCCUGUAUCUCACACGGACGGUAGGACUGCUGCAACUCUGCUUUCCUGCCCAGGUCAGCCCCCCAAGCAGAACUACGCAGGGAAGCGCUGACUGGACGGCAGGAUUUAAUGGCCAAAGUCUCUGCCCCACAGAUUGAGGUGGAUUUUCAGCACACAGGGCUGGGUGUAUGCAAUGGUUUCAGAGCUAUCAGGCAGAGAAACAGGUAACCACUGUACGCUUUUGGAAGAGGUUUGAGGUCCACCCACACCCCAAACUGCAGAGGCAGACUCAAGGGGCCACGUGGGGUCCCAGCAAUUACUGGAUAUGACAGAAAUGUCUGCGCCCGUGUCAAUCAAGCCUUCCAGAACUCUGCCAUUGAUUUUAUACUUACGAAGAAGUUUCUGUUCACCAAUCCUCUGGAUUACAGCUAACAGCUGUGGAGAGAGGGGGGGGAGAAAGCUGGUGCAAAUUACUAUCCAUAAUAGAAGCAGUAGGAUGAGAAGGGAGCACUACCAAAUACGCCCAAGACUCACCCUUUUUUAACUGCAUGGGCAUAUGGCUCCAAAGUUGAACCAUGAUUGUGCCCACAUAGUCAGGAUCUAGGACUCCUGGAAUAAUCAGGAUUCCUUCUUUGGCCGCAGAGAAUUUGGGUAAAAUUAAGCCUGCGACCUUAGGUGGUAGUGGGCCCGCCAGUUGGGUGGGCAUGAGCACAAUUUCACCAGGUAAAACAGCGUCUUUGGUUUCUUGAUUGAUUAAAGCAAUGGUGAAAUCAGAGGGUGUAUCCUUAGGAAAAUUUUCAAUAGUGGAAACUAACGGCGGAGGGCUCUCUAUUUGUCCUGGCCCGAGAGCUGGGCCCCCAUGGAGUUUCCCGAACUCCUGCACUGAUUUGCCCAAUGAUAGCCUUUUCCACAUUUUGGGCAUUUCUUGGAAGGCUUAGCCUUAUUGGCAUCACCAUUCCUGUUUGCUCCCCGCCAGGAGCUCUGCAUUGUUUAGCAAAAUGACCUGGGCGUUUGCAAUUGAAGCAAUUACCCGUUGGCUUAUUGCCAGCCUGGAUAGCACCGGCAAGCAAAGACAUCGCUUGGCUCUGGCUGCCAACAUCCGCACAGGUUUGAAUCAUAUCGGCCAGGUCAUAUUUGGGGCGAUGUAUGAUUGACUGCAAAAUGCAAUCGGUGUUUGCAUUUUCAAAGGCCAAUUUUUUCAUCAAUUCAUUUUGAGCUGUAGGGUCAUCAAUCUGCCUGGUGUUUGAUUCUUUCAAUCUAUCUAUAAAUUGAUGGUAAGGCUCCGAAUGUUGUUGCUUAAUAUUAACGAAGGAGCUCAGUGGUUGCCCUGAGACAGGGACUUUCCGAAAGGCGCGUUGUACACAGGUUGCGGUGCGACUGAAAUGUAAAGGUGUCAAUUGCGCCUGGGCUGGUAUAUUAUCAUACAAACCAGCGCCAAAGAGUUGGCUGGCUGAAUGCUGUGGAUCAGCCAGGGCUGAUGCUCUAUGCUUAAAUUCACUUUCAAAAACCACAUACUGAGCAGGAGAUAAAAGCAUGCACAUCAAAUCCUUCCAAUCUUGAGGUAGCAUUGUGUACCAUUUGCGAUCCCCUCCAGCAUCCCUAGCACAUAAGAAGAUUUGAGGCCAGAAUCAGUAAUGGCUUUCCUUAAUGCUCUCAGGACAGAAUAAGGAAGCGCCUCAUACAUGAUCUGCUGUUGUGCAGUGCCGGGGUUCGCAUAGGAGAUAGGGAAAGCAGAUGGCAUUUCGCCAGCCCAUCCAGCCUCUUCCUCUAAGGAGAGGAGCCCUUGCUGCCUAGCUUGAGAAAGCGCGGCGCGCACAGCUCCUGUGGGAGAGCGCGCAGGGGCUGAGGCAGGCGAAGGAGGGAUGGGGGGGUGGAUGUGGGCUGAAGCGUAGGGAGGGGUUGGCAAGGCUGCGAUGGAGGCAGAAGCUUAGGGUAAGGUGGGGGAUUGUCUGCUGCGGCUAAAAGAGCAGGGGCCGACGGAGAUGCCUGUGGUCCUAAUUUAGCGACGGCAUCUGCACAUUUCUACCAAGUGAGCAGACAAUGAAUCGGAGCCCUCGGUUCUGAGAAGAGGGUUUUUCCGAUCUUUUGCCAAGCUUCUGAUCCCAGAGAGCCCGAUUCUGGGUACUAGGGGCACUGGCAAGGAAUCUCACAUAACAAUUGUUCAAUUUCUUUCAAAGAAACAUGAGCACCCGCCACCCGCUGUCUAACGAGAUGAAGCUGCUCCUUGGCAUGCUCCUGUUGGAACUUUGUCAGUCCCCCCCCCAUACUCACGAAGUAGCGCGCUGAGACUUUUCCAGUCGAGUGAAGUAGAGAGGCUGCGUAAAGGGAUCUGGCACGUCGAGGGUCACCAGAUGUUGGGUUGAAAUAAACGACAGACGAAUGACAAGUGUCAUAUGGGAGGCAUCUCCCGAACAUGUGUCGGGGAGUCCCUUUUAUUGAAUAUUACAGCAUUGCCACAUAUGUGCUUGUUGCUGAUUGGUUAAUACAAAUACAAUGCAAGGGUUGUAUAUAGGCAUUAAUCAUCAAUAGAUUAAAGGUUGGGAAAGGGAACACAGAAUUGGACAGGCGUGAAGACCUCGUAAUUAAACAAUUACUAAUGAUUGAUAUAGCAAGACUUAAACUAUAACUAGUGAUUGAUAUAGCAAAACUUAACGGAGUAUAACCAUCGCGUUCCGUAGAUGUGGUCAACCAUACAGUAAGAACAGGUCAGGGUACAAUGUUCCAUGAACUCAAUGUGAACUGAACAUUCUAGGAAGGAAUGUUUUCAGCUUAGAGUGGUUUGCCAGACUCAUGUGCAGAAGCAAAACUUCCCAUCAGAGGAGGCCAACCCCCAGGUUUUCUUUGUGUUUUUUUCAAAUGCAACCUUUUAUUCUUCCACAACUUGCCAUACAAUUUCGCUAUCAAUUUGCCCUUUUAAGAAAUUUUAAAAAACCGCACAAAGGUCAUAAGAAAAACAAAAUACAAGAAAAUACAAAUGUGGACAGGUCCCAUAUUUGCGGGCCAAACGCAAUAGUUGCUUUAAAGGAGGCUUUCCCAAACUUGGGUCCCCAGCAGCUCCCGGGACUAUAGUUUCCAUCAUCCCUCCCCAUUGGUCCUGCUAGCUAGGGAUGACGGGAGUUGUAGUCCAAAAACAGCUUUCUGCACCACCUAGAGUACCCACAGAAUUUUGGCUUCUACUGGCAACACACAUAGGAGAACAAAUGAAAGACAAACUUGGAAAGGGCCAUACCAAAUGGACAUCCGGUGUGAAGAGGUCACUUUCCCCACUGCUGAACAAUGCCACAGGUAGAGGAGAUGGAAUGCUAGAAGUGUUCUGCGGGGCAAGGGGAGCUGCUGGGAAAUUGAACUACGGGCUCAAAAUAUUACUUUUUUAAAAAGUCGCUGCCUUUAUAGGCAUUGCCAUUCAAAUGGUGUGCAUGCAUCAUGUGAUUGAUAGUGCAAGGUGGCCCUUACCUGGCCCC